AGUCAGACCGGAAGUGGAGGUGAACAGAAAACGGAAAACGAGGAAGUGACAUUCGAGUUGUUGUCUCGUGAUACUCGUACUCGUAAACUCUGAAGUUAUGGUGAGUUUAGGGAGCGAAGGCUCCCGGCAAGGCGCCUAUUUCUUCGACCAAGAAGCGAGCUUGACUUCAAAGGAUGAGGAGUUGCUUGUAGACCAGACUUUAUCCGCGGAAAGUGACCCGGAAUUUCACCCCAUCUGUACGGUGUGGGCGGGGGUAACCCAGGCCGUCUUGGUGGUCGCGUUCGCCGUCGCUUGUUUCGUUCUGCCCGAGUUAGACAUUUCAAUAUCCGUCCUAGUGUACUGUCAGACUGGACUCUGGUUCCUGACGUUUCUGCUAGAACGCUACAUGCGGUACCAGCACUUUGUUUCUCGCCGUAACGGUUACCUGGAGUUUUAUCGGCAGACGAAGGACAUCCGUCGGCUGCCCUUCAUCGUGAUCUCCGCCGGGUCGUCCUUACUACUGGCGCUGCUCCAGCUCCUGGCCGACCUGCGGCACAAGGACGGGAAGGACGCCGCUUUACAGCCGGAUCAUUACAUACAAGUCCUGGCUGCCCUGGAGCUUGUGGUGACCCUACCCUGCCUGAUCCUGUACCUGGUGCGAACUGUCCGCUUCAACAGAAGUCGCGCCUCGCCUGACGUGCAGCAGGACGAGCUGGGCUUCCUGCAGUCCCACGUCACCUCCACAGAGGUCGGCUUCAGGGAUGGGGACUACCUGGACGAGGUGCUAGAGAAGCAGGCAGACAUGAUCCGGUACCUGCAGCAGCACAAUGCACACCUGGGCAGGCGCAUCCUACACCUGACUCAGGACCAGACACAGAGCAACUCCAGACUCUCCAGUCUGGGGAAGGUUCAGUAGCGCAUAGCAACAAACUCCUGACAAUUACAGCAAGGAAGAGGUGGAAAUUAUAGAAAAAUGCUAACACUUUACUUCCAACACUGAAUUAAACUAUGGGAACUUACCACUCUAAAUUUUUGGUCAAUCUCCGUCGACCUUGCUCACAGCAGUGACGUCAGAAACACACCACUUAUGCAGGGGAUGUCAUAACUUAUGACCCCCUCCUUAGGACUCAUAAGUAUCAGAAAGUCUAUGUCGUCCCCAUCUCUAUUGAGGGUGGGCCGGUGAAGAGAUGGAAACUUUGUCUAAUGUUCAUGCAUGGAUUGUGUUCUUUUGCCUAUUCAAGUGAAAUAUUUCCCUGGGUGCUUUGAUGAAAUGAAAGGAAAAUCAUCUGAAGGAUGUAUGUACAAAAUAGAGAAAGGCAGGCAUCUUAUUGAAGACUUGAGGUUUUAAAGAAUAUUGAAGAAGCAUUGUGGGGAUAUGUAGAAAAUUACAAGCUCCCAUUGGCUUGUCAGUGUGAAUUGUUCCUUGAAAGAAGUGUCUGCUACAAGUGGACAGACAACACGUAAUUUAUGAGAUUGAAUGACCAUUUAAAAAACUUUCAUAAAAUGAUUUUGUAUGCGGCCUGUAGAUAUAAACUUUAUUAAUUACUGCUCUUGCUAAAGCAAGAGCAAGAUAAAAAGUCUUAGGGAGUUAUUGCCAAGCAUUUAUAUGUUGAUUUAUUUAAACUUUAAUUAAAGUGCAAUGGAUAAGUUGAACUCAGCUCUUACUAUGGUACAGCAUAAUAGAUUAUGCUUUGCUGGCUAUCAAUAUAUCCAGUACACAACUGAUGUAUCUAUCUAUAGACUACUGUACAGCUUGUUGAGAUAUGUGCUCUGGGAAUUAGUGAGCAGACUUUCGUGUUCUGGGAAUUAGUAAGCAGACUUUCCCAGACUUUUUGUUGUGUAUAUGAUGUGCUUAUCUGAAGGAGUAUCAUAUUGCAAUUGCAAUGCAAAGUUAAGAAACACGGCCCCACCAGAUGCUUGUAUGCUUUUGUGCUGUUAUAGCUGGCUUAUCUAUGAUGUAAGGUAUUGAACUUGUGCUUCAGUACCAAAUAGGAGCAUGAUGAGGUAAGAGAUCUUGCAGUUUGCUGUCUGGUAGAAGGGUUGUUAUUCUGCAACUUGUCAUAUAUAUUUGUAGCUUGCAAAUUAGUCACUUACUUAAUAAGCGAUUGAGAUGACUGAAAAAUGGUGGAACAUAUUUUGUUAGACUUCAACACAAAACAGCACCAAUAGUCAAUUACAUGUUUUACACAAAUAUGUAUUAUACAAAGCAAGACAAGUGGAGUUAGCCUGAGUAUCAUCCUCCGUAGUAACCAUCCUCCGUUGUAACCGCUGGCUCGCGAAAGUCGUGAGCCAGCGGUCACUACGGAGGAUGAUACUCAGGCUAAAGUGGAGUCUGGUGGGGAGGUUGACUGUGGCUUUUGAUACAGUAUUUAUAAGCAAUUUUACAUCAAGGUUAUUGGAGAUGUUAGGGAGACUUCUUGCUUAUUUAGAUGUCUGAAAACAAUUUUUGAAAGGACAGAUCUUCCAGAGAUGAGAUUGAAUAUUGACUUACUGGUGUAGAAACUUUGUAGAUGUUUAUAAUUUUGACGGGUACAUAUACCAAGAGUUACUUUCUGAAUGUUGAUAAACCAUUUUGACAAGAAA